GGACAGAACUGAAUGGUCGGUUUGUGUUUUUAAAACAAAGAGAAAAGACAACAGGAGAUAUUUGUGUCUGGGAAAUGUUUCGUGUUGUAUAAGAGUCAUGUCACUCUGAGCAAAAUCACACACACACACAGCUCGCACGCGCGCACGUACACACACAGCUCGCACGCGCGCACGUACACACACACACACACACACACACACAGUUCGCACGCGCGCACACAAACACUCACUCGUGAUCAGAUCUCUACGCUAGUCCAGUGGUUUAACUGGUCUAACGGCUGUAAUGGGUGUAAUGAGUGUGUGUGUGAGGAGUGUGAGGAGUGUGAGGUCUCUGCUCUCGGCCCGGAGUGUCAUUUCCCGGAAGUGUUCACACGGAGUGCACACAGGAGUGAGAGUGAUGGAGUGCAAUAAAGGACUAGUGUUCCGCCAGUUGUUUGAGUCCUCCAGCAGUACCUACACCUACCUGUUGGCAGAUGCGAGUACACGGGAGGCCGUGCUGAUUGACCCGGUUCUGGAGAUGGUGGAUCGGGACAUGAAGCUGAUCGAGGAGCUCGGACUAAAGCUCACUGUGGCAGCGAACACACACUGCCAUGCGGAUCAUGUGACAGGAACUGGGCUGCUGAAGAAGCGACUUUUCGGGGUGAAGAGCGCGAUAUCGAAACACAGUGGAGCGCGUGCCGACAUCCUGCUGUCAGAAGGGGACGCCAUUACUUUCGGAAAAUACUGUGUGACAGUGAGAGAGACUCCAGGACACACAGAUGGGUGUGUGACGUUUGUGAGAGAAGACGAGUCGAUGGCCUUCACUGGAGAUGCACUGCUGAUCAGAGGCUGCGGGAGAACUGACUUCCAACAAGGCUGUGCCAAGAAACUGUACCAAUCCAUCCAGGAGAAGAUCUUCACUUUACCCGGACACUGUCUCAUUUAUCCUGCACACGACUACAAAGGACAGACUGUGUCCACGGUGGAGGAGGAGAAAAAGUUUAACCCGAGAUUAACGCGCUCACAGGAGGAGUUCGUGGAAAUCAUGAACAAUCUGAAUCUCCCGAAACCAGCCAAGAUAGAUGUGGCUGUUCCCGCUAACCUGGUGUGUGGUCUUCAUGAUGUUUGAGGAGGAAAUGACUCUGAAUCACUUUAAUGUUUGGAAAAUUGAUGAAUGUUGUUUUAUUAGAUACAGAUAUUAGAUAUAUGUACUCUCUCUCUCUCUCUCUCUCUCUCUCUCUCUCUCUCUCUCUGUCACACACACACACACACACACAGGUUGAUACACAUGAUUAUUAUAUCAAAGUGUGUUUCAUAGUUUUGCAAUAAUCAUAAUGUAAACAUACCCUGAAAAGGAUAAGCGGUAUAGAAGAUGGAUGGAUACAUGUGUAGUUUAACAUGUGUAGUUUAAUCCUGAAUAAAGAGUUUCUGAAAGUCCA